CCGAAAAAAUCAUCAAUCAAAAAUCAAAAAUGAAAUUCAAUACUCAAUCAAUUUUAUUAUUUACCUUUUUGGGUUUAUUUGUUUCAACAUUUUUUAUUGAAAUGAUUGCCGCUAACAAAAUGAUUGCCGCUAUGUUAUUGGGUGCUGCAUUGGCUAAACGACCAAAAAUGUUGCCAUUACCACUUCCACUUCCCAUUCCAAUGAAAGUUGAACAUAAAAAAUAUGUACCAUACAAGAAACCAAUUCCAUACUAUGUUCAUCCAAAACCCGAACCAAUCUACGUUGAUAAAGGUUAUAGUGGUGGAUCUUAUGGUGGUGGUGGCGGUUAUGGUGGCGAAUAUGGUGGUGGUGAUCAAGGUUACAGCGGUGGUGGUGGUGGUGGCUAUGAAGCCGGUUAUUAAACAACAACAACAUAAAAUCCCUUUAAUUCAUUCAAUUGGUUAAUAAUAAUCUAAUUAGCAUCGAAUCAAUCAAACCAACCUACCAUCCAUUCAUCAAUACAUCCAUCCAUCCAUAUAUAUCAUCUCAACCCUUUUUUUUCGUCUCAUAUAAAUAUAUAAUCAUCAUAUCGUUGCCAUACAUACAUACA